AAUUCUUAUUUACAUUUUACAAUUCAUGUGUGGAGGUGGCAGUAUUCACAACAUAUUUAUAAAAUAAUCCGGUCAUGGUGUGUCAUUACUAUUCCGCGUCACUAAGAAAUCAAAUUCAUGAUUUAAAGAUUUUGCUAACUGAACAAUUUGGGUCAGAACGUGUUAGAAACCGUUCCGCCCACUUUAUCUCUGUCUAUGACAUCAUUCUAUCAUUGUAGAACUCCUCGUGACGUCACGUUUUGGCAAGAACGUGAAACUGUACAACAUCACAAACGGCUGCAUUGACGCCAUAAUAAAAACUGGACACAAGAAGGAGAUCUACCAAGUUGUGGUAAACGAUCCGGGAACGCUCGCCGCAGUAACGGUUGAAAUGGGACCCGUAAUGGUGAUGGACCUUGUCACCCACUCUCGCAUGUAUGAGAUCUCAAACAUUUUAGGCCGGCGGUACGGAGGGAGAUACAUGCUGUUCGACUCCUACAUGUUGUUGACCCGAGUCAGCAGCCGCUUGUUCUUCAUCGGAGGUUACGUGGGCGAGCGCACAGACAAUGAAGUUCAACUUUUCUGCAGGGACACUGAACAAAAGAUAGAACCUUUUGAGCUAUGUGACAGAGAGGCCGUCAAAAUGGUCAUGGCAAACGUUUAUCGUCUCGAUGACGACCGUAUUAUGACCACGGGAAAAGGCGACAACUAUGACUUCCGAGUUUCGACACCCUGCACUGGAGCGCCGAUGGAACGUUUUUCUACACAACCAGCGAUAACUUCUGGAAACACAAGGCUCCUGACGUCAUCACGUGGACUAUUCACCAUGGAAACCAACCCACAUCGACGCCUGGGGCUAAACGCAGUCUUCCCUUAUAUUCAACCAAAGAGGCGCCGGCUUCGAGCCGCAUUGCACUCCCAUGGACUAGUGUUAAACCUUUUCAUCGAGGAGCGAUGCAAAGACCCGGUCUUCUCUGUGCUGUCCAAAUAUCUACUGGACAUUAUGAUAACUGACAAGAUCUUGGUCUUUGGGAAAGAGGCAGUAAAUCCCACCAACGUAUCAUACAUCUUGCGCGGAAACAUACCCGGGCUGAUUCUAUUCCAAGCUGCAGAGAAAGAAAAAUACUGA